AUGGAGGACAGGAAGAGACCCGCCAUCAGCGGCGCCGACGACCUGGCUCCUCCUAGCAAGAGGGUUGCCAUCAAUGGGUCCAAGGCCAAGGAGGAAAACACGGAGAUGAAGGAAGACACCUGGAUCGAAGCAUAUACAAAGGGAGCGAUAUAUCGGCAAAUGCAGGAGUACAGCCGCAAGGCGUCAACAGCCGAGUCGCGCUUGGAAGAACUCCACAAACGAUCCGUCCAUCAUGACGAUCAUUUACGAAUUAUUGACGCUUGGUGGAGACAGUUUUUAGAAGAACUCGAAUUGCUGGCUACAUCGAAAGUAACGACUACGGAAGCUCGUGACACUCCAUAUCUCACGGCCGUGGGCUUCAAGGAUUUACAUGAUUUCCAAACGCAUCUACAGGAAAAGGGGAAAACGAUUAAAACGAAGGCCGAAUCACUACUCACUCAACUCGCUGCCCAGAGGGAAAAUAUUUCGCCCAAAACAUCCGAGCUGGAAAGCCAAAUCGCCAGUCUUCUCGCCGCACAGAAGGAGCAUUUUCUCAGGCUCGAUCGAUUGAGUGCAGAGAAGGAACAAAUGUCAGAGCAACUCAACGCUGCGACACUUAGAUAUUUCAAAGCCGAGAAGAAGCUCGACCGUGCCAAGAGCGCGCAAGUUCAGAGGCUGGAGCAGCAGGCAUUUGCCAAUGCUACACGGCCUGUUACUACGCCCACCGAGGGAGGAUCAGAACCCAGUGAAGUAAACGGCAGUGCAAAUGAACUAUUGGUGAAAUAUGAAGAGGUCACGGCGGCUGCGGCGAAGCAGAAAGAGCAGCUAGAGACACUUCUUGCGGAGCUCAAAACAUUGCAAGAGGAAAACACCAGUUUAAAAUCUCGGCGAGAAACUCUGACAGACGAAGACUACAUUCGGACGGAUGUGUUCAAGCAAUUCAAGAGCCAAAACGAGGACCUUAUCAAGCGAAUCAACACCCUGGAAGCCACCAACAAGCAACUGCGCGAGGAGGCGGAGAAGCUCCAAGCAGAACGAACGGCAUUCCGGACUCAGCUCGAAGCAGAUAUGAACCAGGUGGCUCAAGACUAUGAGGCAGAUAUUGCGGCACGAGACCAGGACCUGACUCGCGUGCGGUCUGCUCGAGACGAGAUACUUGCAGAAAACAUGCAGCGAAGGGCAAAUGCAGAGCAGGAGCGGAUCGCGAUGGAGCACAUCAAGGAGCUUGUAGCAGCAAAGGAGGAUAGAAUAUCUGCUCUAGAGCUGGAGCUUGCUCGCUUGAAACCGACGGGAGAUGAAGAAACUAGCGAUGGAGCCGACUCGGAUGGUGUUUCAGAGGAGGAACUGCGGCAAAGGUACAAGAAGUUGAGGCAAGAUUUCGACUCCAUUAACCAGGAGCUACCGGCAAUGGAGAAGGCGUACAAGAAAAUGAAGGAUCUUGCUCAAAAGAAAGUUCUCGAUUACACGGCUUUGGAGGAGAAGGUGGCUCUUCUAAUUGCUGAGAAGAGCAAAGCGGAUCAGAAAUACUUUGCUGCCCGGAAGGACGCCGACACUCGAAACAGCGAGAUCAGAACUCUGAGGCACCAGAGCGGGAAGUCAGCCGAGCUUAUUGCCCAAUUGAAAGAUUUCGAAUCCCAAACUCGGACUUUGCUGUCCAAUUUGGAAAAACAAUCCGCGGAUUUGAGGCAGGCCAAUGCGGCGCUGGUCGCCGAGAGCAAAAAGAUGGAAUCCAAUAGCCUGGAGGCUGUGAGGAGAUCAGAAUCUGUUACGAAGCAAGUGGGAGACUUGACCAAUUUGGUCAAGUCCAAGGACGCCUCAACGGCUGUCAUCCGAGAGCGAAACGCGAUGCAAGAGGUCGAGGUAGAGAAGCUCAAAGUUCGAAUUGAGCAUGUCCAGAAGGACCGGGAUAGCUGGAAGAACAAGGCACUGAGCAACUCUUCAGAGGAAGAAGACAUGUUACGGACCAUGGCCUUGUGUACGGUUUGCCGCACCAAUUUCAAAAACACAGCACUCAAGACUUGCGGUCAUCUCUUCUGCAAUAAAUGUGUGGAUGACCGCAUAAGCAACCGCAUGCGGAAAUGUCCUAGCUGUUCAAGGGCGUUUGACAAGAUGGAUGUCAUGCAGGUUCACUUUUAA